CUGUUCUUUAAAUCUCGAGAGUGAUUCUUUUACUUCAUCGAGAGCUUAAAAAUCAGCACUCCACUGCUGGGUCUUUUCUCGGUCUAACGCCAUGCGCACGAGCAUAAAUUUCGCAGCCGUUUUUCAACACGCCAGCAUACCACGAACAACAGUAGUCAUACAUAAUUUGGAAUUGACCCUUAUUUAUUUUUCUUCCUACCAGCUACAUUUACUUGCUUCGAAAGCUACAGUAAUGACUAGACAAACACUCAAGCGUUUCGGGCUCCCAACUUGGUUAUUGCAUAUUAUUGGGCUUGGUCCUAUUGUUUAUUACGUUAUUUCACUCUUGGAAACAGACCCCACUCAAGUUGCUUCUAAAACCUUGAAUUUGAUAAGAAGCUCUAGGAAUCAAGCCUUCAAGAAGAAAAUGGCGUUCAUUGACAUAGGAAAUCAUGGAGUCCGCGGCAACCCCAGCUCAGCUGGGACUCCCCACGGAUCUGCCAUAAGUACCUUUAUGCUCACAACAAAAAUGAUGAAUCGUGGUACAAUGUUUCGUGCUCGCAACAAACACAGUUUUGAAUUGCUUAAGGAAAAGUCCGAAGCUUGUUCCUCGCCUUUUGUGCGUGUUUCUGCAACCACAGCAAACGCAUCUGUCAAGAAAUCAGAUGGAGUUGUGAGCAGCAGCAGCAAUACUGACAACGCUUGCACAGCAAAAGAAUUUUCUAGAUUUCUUCAGAAAUCUUUGGUUAAACAGAUAGAGAAAGAUCUGACUAGUGGAUUCGAGAUCAAAACUUCUUUGUCUGAACAGCGAGUUGUGGGCUCAGAAGAAGUGGGAACAGAGGUAUUCGACAUGCGCAAUCCGUUUCUGAUUUUGGCUGUGAUUGACGAGGAAAUAUUUCAAAGGCCUUUGGUCAGAAGAAAUCGAAAAGUGAGAAAACACAAGGCAUUAUCCCUGGACUCUAGUUUGAUGUUGGAUCUGACCCACGAAAUUAACGAUUCUGAGAGUGAAGGAGCUGUGGAUCUGGAAUCAUCAGAGAGCCUCAAAUCUGAACCCAGCACGGAUUUCGCAACCCCUCCCACGGAUUUCUCUCUUCUUGGGGAAAAGAAGGAAAGGAAAAGUGAAAUCGCCUUGAUGAUCCGCGAGAUAAGAAAUAAGCUCAAUUCCUAUGGCAGCAAUGACCAAGGUCUGAAACUGGAAGCUGCUAUGGCUGACUCCCCCUUUACUUUAAAAAAUGCCGGUCUUGCUCCUGCUAUCGCUAAGUCUGGUUCAAGAAAAUAUUGCUCAUCAAACUCAACAAAGAUAGCUCCAUUGAGAUACAGGGUGACCAGCCAGACCGCCAAGUGGGGGGCACAAACUAGAAGGCACAGCAGAAGUGUGCCUCAUCAUCUGAAGGCUGAAUGGGAAUUGAAAUGGUCGCCCAAUUCUGCUUUCAUACUUGGAUUUUCGAAAAGCACUAGUCUGGAGUUAAAAAAUAGCGAGCAUCAAGCCACGUAGCACUAUGUGAGAAUAGAAUACGGGGAGAAAAGAACUGGGGCUGACGACAACAAAAGAUGAAAGAUACCUCGGAGACUAUUAUGUGAAUGCGUGAUCAAUGACCCACCUCAUUCAAAAGAUCAGCAGUUUGAGCUAAUGAGAUAAAAUG